AUGUGGAAAUACGAACGUAGCGACAUCGUCGAGGAGCGCGAGAAGUCCAAGGGCCUGGUCAAGAGAACGCUCGAAGAGGUGGGAGAGCAAUCGCGCCGAUGGCUAACCGGCAUUUUGUUGGAGAGCUGGGCGCAGGUAUCGCCGCAACCUGACCUUGGAGAAGAGCUUCGGGAGCAGCUCGGCGAGUUCGGCUACAUGGACAAGGAGGCGUGGUUUCUCGCUGCAGACGUUGCGUCAGGAAGGGAGCGUGCGCAGGAUCCACUGCCACGUCGCAUUGCAUGGGGCUGGAUCGUGCUUGAGUCCGAAGGCGUGGGGCCCAUAUUGGUUGCUGUUGGGAGAGGCGGGCUCGCGGGCUGGCGGCAGAGCGUCAACCAGGGCGAGCUCAUGGCCUUCAAAAAGCUGCUCAUCAACGCGAAGGGCUUUCAGCGGCUCAGGUACAUUGCGGCCUCGAUUUACGCGGUGCGAGGGGUGGCCAAGGUGAAGACGGGCAAGGAAAUCGUGGGCAAGCAAAUGGAAGCCAUCGAGGUCGAGAACCACAUGUCGGAGGCGGAGGGGAUCAGCUCGAGCACCAGCGUGCUCAACUACGUGGGCAACGAACUAGCGGACGGCUGCGUGGAGGACAUCGCGGAGCAAGUGCAAGUGUCGGAGGCGCAGGCUCGCGCCGUGAGGUGGUCAGAGGGCAUCGCGGCGCAAAUCAGGAAAGGGGGCUCUGGCAACGCUCGCGGCGGCGGCCGAAGCGGGACCGUCACAACCGCCAUCAAGAGAGGCCAAGCGGGUAGCCAAGGUCAAUGA